AUGGAAUCAAAUAUCCAAGUCGAAGAUGAUAAUCGCCCAAAGUGGCUUUUAGAGCUCGAAAAUCGUAAGCGAAAGCCGCGACUAGCUCAUGAAGUUGGUGCCGGAGCUCCGUGCAUAAAGUGCGUAUCUAAUUGUCCAGGUCUUGAUUUACAUUUUUGGAGAAAAAUAUGUAAAAAUUGUAAAUGUGGUCACGAUGAUCAUGAUGUUCCUGUUGAUGAAUUUCCACAAUUUAAUUUAUUAUUUGGUCCUUCAGGAAAUUCUAAAUGCAAACUAAUUGUUCUUAAAAUUAAUAAACAGCAGAUAGACAAUGAAGAAACAUUUGAAUGGGCACCACCUAAUACGACAAAAGAACUUGCUGCUGAUUACAUGAAAGCAUUGCCACAAGAUAAAUUACCUAUUAAAGGGUCCGUGGGUGCUGCUUUGAGAAAACAACAACUUCAAAAGCAACUUCCGUUGCAUGACAUUGAUCAUAAACUUUGUGAUGAAUUAUCAGAUUCUGAGAAAAAUCAAUUUGAAAAGUAUCUCGAGAAUUUGAAAAAAUAUGUUGGCCAAGGAAAGGUUUCCAAAAUAAUAACCGCAAAACCUUUUGAAAAAUCUUUAAUAACACCAGCAAAUGCUUCAGAGUGCUUUACUCCAAAACAUAAACCAAGUUUAAUAAAUAGUCAAUCUCCAAAUCUUCGAACACCCAGUAGUUUUAUACCUAAAUCUAUGAAAUCAUCGUACUCAACCCCGUUAGCGUCUCAAGAAGAAAUUUAUAAUCCAAAUCAAAUUUUCAACACAUCAGUUAAUGAUCCAGAAAUAGCUCCAAGAGUACUUGAAACUCUUCGUGGUCCACUUUUAGGACAAAUAACUAAUGAUAGCCAUAAAAUGGCUAGAUACCAUCAUAUUCUUGAAAAUAUGAAAAACGAUGGACGAGUUGCUUCAGUUGAUAUGGUUCCUGAUACUCGUAAUUCUGCGUUGAAUAUUCCGAAUAUAAAUCGACUACUACCUCAUGAUGAUAAAUAUUUUUCUGCUGGACAGUUGAACAACAGUAAUUUUGAACAAAAUCCGGUUAAUAUUUCGUUGAAUAAAAAUCUUGUAGGCAUAAAUAAUAAUACAGAUCAAGAACAGAGUAGAUUAACUACAACAGUACCAACCUCUUCCUCUAUAAUAAAUCCUAUUUAUUGUGAUAAUCAUAAUCCAGCGUUAAAUUUUGCGCAAUCUAAUUUUCAUUCUAAUAAUUAUUCUUCCAAUAAUCCAGCAUUCCAGAAAAUUGAGAGUAAUCCUCAAAAUCAAUCACAAACUCAUUUUAAUACUCUAAAUGCUCCGCAAUGGUCGUCAAAGUUAAAUGAACCAUGCAGAAAUUUACGUGAAUCAAAUUCACAAGAACAUAAAAACUCCAUAUUAGCAGAUAAAUUACUGUCAGAAGCAUUAUUACCACCUAGUGCAAUUCAUGCUUCAGAUAUCAUAGGGAGUACAUUAGACAAAAAAGAACUUUCAUUUAUUCGUGAAAAACUUGCAUCAAAAUAUUGUGGAAAAGAAGAAGAACUGGAUGAUCUACAUAACUCAUCAAAAUCGCGUGAAUUAAUACGUGAUAAUGGGGAGGAACAAAAUCUUCGAGGUCAUAUUAAUCAAAAUGUAGAGACUAAUAAUCAAAAUAAUGAUUCAAAAUUUAUUCAAGCUCAAUUAAGUAAUUAUGGCACUCCUGAAAACUCGAUAAUUAGAUCAGAAAAUCUUAACAAUCCUAUUUUCCCAGAAGAAGCUUUUGGAAAAACGAAAAUUUUCGAAAGAGAUUCAAAUAUUGAGCAACUUGCCGAGGCAACAAAUGAUUUAUCGAUAACUCAAUCUAAAGUACAAAAGUGUCAUAAAUGUCAGGAAGGAAUUUUUGUUAAUGAUGUAGUUGUAACUGUAGAGAAAGCUAAAAAUGCAACAUGGCACCCUGGAUGUUUUGUUUGUUCAACUUGUAAUGAAUUACUCGUUGACUUGGUUUACUUUUAUUAUAAAGAUAAACUUUAUUGCGCUCGGGAUCUUGCUAAUUUGUUAGAAAUACCAAGGUGUUUUGCAUGUGAUGAGUUAAUCUUUGUACGAGAGUACACUGUUGCCGAAGGACACAAUUAUCAUGUCAAACAUUUUUGUUGUUGGGAUUGUGAUGUUCCAUUGGCAGGACAACAGUACAUUUCUGAAAAUGAUCGACCACUUUGUUUACUUUGUUAUCAAAAAACAUAUGCGAAGAAAUGCGAUAAAUGUCAUCAAGUAAUAGCUGCCGAUCAACAAGGCGUAGUGGUCAAGAAUCUUAAUUUCCAUGCAACCGAUCAAUGUUUUUGUUGCGCUACAUGUAAAAAAAGUCUUUUAAAUGGUCGAAUGGCUAUAAAAGAAGAUAAACCAUUCUGUUGUAAAGAAUGUAUAACUGAGUAUUUAAAUACAAGCAAAUAA